AAGACUCGUCUUCUACUCUGUUCUCUCCCAUUUCCCUCGCCCCAAUCCCAUCUCCUUUCCCGAUUUCUCCCAACUCGUCGCCCAGAGAGGAAGCUGGGUGACUCCGAGCUCUCUCUCUUCCCCUCUCCCUCGUCAAUUUUCAUCCAAAUUCAAAACCCCGAAUUUCGAAUAUCGUGCUUCUCAAAUCAACGACUUCACUCCCAUUGGUGGUAGCUCGAAACCCCAAUUCGACGCUCCCGUCUCCAAUCGACUGAAUCCUUCAUCAGAAAUGUUGUCUGUCUACUUCUAGGGCUCCCUAGAUCUGAUUUCGAUCUCGUAUUCGACACUCUGUACUACAUCCUCAUCAAGCUAAUCAAAAUCGCAGAUAUGGCUAUCAGGGUUACCUUCUCCUUUUCCGGCUACGUCGCCCAGAACCUGGCCGCCACUGCCUGCUCCCGUGGUGGCAAUUCCCGCUCCUUCCACGAGUGUUGGAUCCGUUCCCGCUUCUUCUGCCCCAAUCAGAAGCCCGACGUCGACAGACCCAGCGUUAAUUGUCAGUGGACUCAGACUCAGACCCGAACCGCUUCGAUGUACAGCACCUUGGCUUCGGAAAUUCUCGGAGACGAUUGCAAGAGCCCACUCGUCAUGGGUCUGAUCUCGAUCAUGAAGUCAACGGCCGGCGUCUCGGGUGCCUCGACUUUAGGUGUCUUUGGGAUUUCUCCGUUCAAAGCCACUUCGAUUAUCCCAUUCUUCCAGGGGUCGAAGUGGCUCCCCUCCAGUGAGCCACAUACAGCAUUGGAAAGCGAUAUUGUGGACAAAGGAGGAACACAAGGCUGUAUAAGUGAUAGUGAGGAGAUGAAUAGCUUGGGGUUCCAGUUGAAUCAAAAGGAUUUUGGUAGCAAGAGCCGUUGGUUUUCGAGGAUAUUGGAUUUCUGUUCGGAGGAUGCCAAAGCUGUCUUUACGGCUUUGACUGUCAGUAUCCUCUUCCGGUCGUUCUUGGCAGAGCCGAGAUCGAUCCCUUCAGCUUCUAUGUAUCCUACUCUGGACGUGGGUGACCGCAUUUUGGCAGAGAAGGUUUCAUAUUUCUUCAGGAAGCCUGAGGUUUCAGAUAUAGUGAUAUUCAAGGCACCUCCGUGUUUGCAGAAAUUGGGUUUCAACACAGGUGAUGUAUUUAUAAAAAGAAUUGUUGCAAAGGCUGGAGACUCUGUUGAAGUUCAUGAUGGGAAACUGUUUGUAAAUGGUGUCAUACAAGAUGAAGAUUUCAUUCUGGAGCCAGUUACUUACGACAUGGAACCAUUGGUUGUGCCUGAAGGGUACGUUUUUGUUAUGGGAGACAAUCGCAAUAACAGCUUUGACUCUCAUAACUGGGGUCCAUUGCCCAUCGAAAACAUAGUUGGUAGAUCAUUGUUUCGUUAUUGGCCUCCAUCCAAGGUAUCAGACACCAUUAGUUAUCCAGGUGCAGAGAAGAAUGAUGUAGCAAUUUCUCAGGGGAUCAGCGAUUCCUUAGUGACAGAACAGAACCAUGAGGACGCCGAAUACAGCCUUGACGCUCUGACACAGUCGACCGCUGAGAUGAGCCGUUUCUUCUUCUCUCUUCUCCUCUUUCAGGCCUUUGCACUUACUCUCGCGUUUAUUCCUCUCCAAUCCCACGAUCAUCUCAAUCAUACCCACUUCUUGCAGGAUGUGUUGAAAGAGAUAGCCACCAAGCAAAGCUGGGAUUUGGAUCAACUUAGCUUUUCCAAAUUGCAACUCCGUAAGGUUAGGGUCGGAGUGGCUCAGGCCUAUGAGUUUUGGAUCCGGUUCGGAAAGAGCCAAAUCGUUUUCAAGUUCCCUGUUGAAGUGGCUUCUUGGACAAAUUUCAGCAACGCUGGCUUCGAUUUUGGGGAUUUGGUGAAGGAAGCUGGUUCCCUCGCGGUGCUUGAUUCGUUUAAAUUGGAGGGUCCGUUUGAGUUGCGGGUUUCUGGCGAUGCUGAUGAUAGCCUCUCCCUAUUGUUACCGAUGAAUACUUCGUUCACUGGACUGAAAACAAUCCGUGUAGGUGAAGGCAUCUCCGUGGAAGUAGUAAGAGCUCGAGAAGUCUCAGUAUUUUACACAUUGGAUCUUGGCUUAUCAUUGAAUAAGGGUGUCGUCUAUUACGAUGGGAUAAGUGGAUUUUGGUCCUUUUGGCAGUCCCUAUGCAUGCCAUUACUACCCAUACGAAUUUCAGGGUCAGCAUCACUUGUUGCCUAUCAGACUCGGAACCCUGAUUCCUACAUUGAAACCACUUCCUUAUCUGAGGAGGCAAUUGAAUUGCUGUCAGAAAAGUGUCACAGUCACCGAGCGUAUAAGCAGGUACCAUUAAUUGAUUCCUUAGCUCUGAGAAUUGGUAGGUUGGAAAAAAUUUUGAAAAGUUCUAUGGUUGAUAGAACAAAUAAAAGAAAGUUAUUGGGUUUUCUCAACGCCAAACUUAAGGCAUCAACCAUUGUCCGGUUCCAAUUAGAAUUGGAAAGAAAUAGGAGCAAUGAUGAACAGACGGAUUGGAGAACAAGGCCUAGAGUCGAACGACUUUGGUUCGAGGUAAUGGCAAGAAUUGAAGGCCAAAAGUUGAUGCCUCUCAUGGUUAAGAAGGUAACACCUUUUGUUGGAGUAGAUUCAGCUGCAUGGAGUAGUUUAAUGUCAAAUAUUUCUUUUACAAAGUUCCCGUCCAUCCUUGUCCCGCAAGAGGCUUUGACACUAGAUGUCAAAUGGUAGGAAGGAAGUUUGUAAAAUACAUGUGUAUGAAUAUUUAGAUUUCAUUUUCGUUUCUUUGGAUUAUCGGCUGCCUACUGCAUUUGAAUCAUGAGGAGCAAUCUUUGACAGCUACUGUAAAUAAUUCUAUAAUGAAAAUGAAAUAGAGAAAGAA